AUGUGGUUUUCAGAUAAAAUGAUUAUAUAAAUAUCUCUAACAAUUGGAUUAGCAUAUCUAAGAUAAUAAGGAACCACAAAAUAAGAAGUUUUGGAAUAACUAAUUAAUUAAAGUUAAAAAAUUUAGUUGCCAUACGAUUAAUUUGCUGGGAAUCUGAUUAUAUUUAAAAAAUCAAAUGCAAUCUUGAAAAAGUUUAGAUUCAUUCAAAUUAUUUUAAGAGUAUUUGAUUCAAGAUUAAAUUGA